AUGACUAAGAUAGAACCUAACAAGCAAUAUAUACCACUAACUAACAUAAUAGAAAUAAUUAAAAGCAAUUCAAAUAUAUCUUCAAUUAAUCAUGAUCUGCUCCACUUAUAUUAUACAAACAUGAUACACAUGGAUGUAUAUCCUAAUGAUUUUGAUUAUGAUAGUUGGAGCCAUGAGGCUUUAAAAUAUUUUGCUGAACAUAGUACAUUUGAAAAAUUAGAAACAGAAUGUUUAUAUGUAAUAUCUCAAAAUAAAAAUGAUUAUCAAACAGUUGAAACAUUGUGUAGACUUUAUAUUAAUUAUUAUCCUGACUCCUUUUUAGAAGAUGCACCAAGGUUUGCCGAGUAUGUAAACCUGUUGGAAAAGGGCAAAGAAGAAAGUUUAUACACCUCAUUUAUUGUAGAAUUAGUUCAAGCCUAUCAAUUAUAUAAUGUUGAAAAAGAUUAUAUCUCAGCUUUAAACAUUUUAAUGGAAAAUUAUAAUGACACUAAUGAAACAUAUCCAGAAAUUUUAUACCACAUGGCAAACAUAUACUUAAUCGUGAGGGAUUUAAAAAGUGCUGAGAAAAUUUGUGAUGAGGCUUUUAUUUGUAAAAAUGAAUCACCUAAUUGCCAGAAUGUAUUUUGGGAUCAUUUUGCCUUUUUAUGCUGCCAAAUUUGGUUAAUGAAACAGAAUGACCAUAAUAAUAAAUAUGUUAAAAAAGCACUCGUAGAAGUUGAAAAAAUAAGUCAUAGAGGCAAUAUUGAUGCCAAAAUUACUACUCAAAAAUAUAUAGCCAUUUGUUAUUCUAGAUUAGGACUGAAGGAAAAAUAUGAGAUGGCCCUUAAAGAUCUUCAAGAAAUAUAUCCGAAUGAUAUACCUGCCGAAUAUUAUCAAUUAAAAGGUGUGUGUCAACAUAACUAUGGUGAUUUCGAUAUGUCUGUGGAAAGUUUUAAAAGAGCACUGGAAUUGGACUCUGUCGAGUAUCCAUUACUCCUCGAGGCGAGGACAUAUUUAGUCGAUGUAAUCAUCAAGCAAUUAGAUUCCUUUUCAGAAGAUACGAUUCCCUACCUGGAGUAUAAUAAUUGUCCAAAAAGGGAAAAUGUAAUUGAAACCUUAUUCGUUUGCACUGAUAUUGAUUCAUAUUCUCCUUUCGUUUACUUUUUACUGGGGCGUUGCUACCUGUGCCUUUACAAUCAUCAUGCUAUUUUGAAGGACGAACAUGCCGUGAACUAUUUAAACGAGGCUAAGCAAUGUCUAGAACGAGCUUGCGAUCUCUAUGAAUACGAGCAUUUUGAAGCAUCGAAGCUACUAGCAGACGCUUACAUCGAUACGGGAGAUUUGGAAUCUUAUCAUAAACUUUUAGAAAGGCUCACCGAGGUAUACGAUAAACUUUCAAAGGACUUUAAGAUUAGCUGGGUGUAUAGAAGAUUGGGAAUAUACAAUUUACAAAGUGGUCACUACGAAUUUGCGAUUCAUUGUUUCACGCAAGUUUUUCAUCAAGAGCCUAAUGAUUUAGUAUCAUGGAAAUGCUUAGCUGAAGCUUAUUUUUACAAUAAAUCUUACAAGGCUUCGAUGAAGGCUUUUGAGGAAGUUCUGAAGCACGUUAGUACUUCAAAUAAACCACCUCAAACUGUGGUUGAUGAUCAAAAUAUUUUAUACUACAAAAACAAAUUGGCCAUCAUAGAUUUCAAGAUGGGUGAGCAUUUGAAGGCUGUCGCUGCUUUUGAACGAAUCUUGAACAAAAGGCCUAAUUACCAUCCAUCGCUUAUAGGUCUCGCCGAAACUUACGUUGAUUUAUCCAUGCAAAGCUUGAAUAAACACGUUGACGCUAAGGCUAAAGAAUGCACCUCGAGAGCCCUCGGUUUACUUUUGAGGGGAAUUCUGCUGCUAAUGCCGCAGAAAGAUAAUUCAUUUGAUCACGUAAAUUUUAAUCCCGGACAAUGUAAAACCUCUACCAAAUUGACCAACGAUAUGGUUAGCCAAACAAAUCUCAACGAUUUAUACACGCCUUUGAAUUGGGCCCAUUUUUGGAUAUUAGCCGGUAGAGCAUGCUCCUUAUUACAUCAGUUACCAGUUGGCGUGAAAGUCAAAAUUCCUAGUUAUAGUUAUGAUGAUUGUGGCGAUAAAAACAAUCGGACAAAAAUGGAUGGCUUUAUAGAAUUCACUUUACAAGAUUUGCUGGCCCUUUCCUACAAAUUUUAUAGUAUGGCCCUCAGGCUUAAGCCCGAUAUAUCCGAACUUUGGACUGCUACUAUACAUUCGCUUAUGUUGUACGAUCAUUUCCAGGCAAAAAUACAACCUACCACUAAAGGAGAAUCGAAAAUUUAUAGAUUUUCGCGAAAAUUUGCUCAACUUUGCCCGCUAAAUAAAUACGUCAUCAAUAUUCUAGGUGUUGUAGCCGCAUCUAAAGAUAUCCGUAAUUAUGAAAUGUCAGAAGAAGCAAUCAGUAGAUGUUACGAAAUUGAUUCAAACGAACCCAUCUUUACUUCUAAUUUGGGCGUUCUCUACUUACUUAAGAAUGAUGGAAAGAUGGCUAAUAAAUCGUUUACGAAAGCACAAAUAUCUGAUCCUAAAUAUUCCCAAGCCUGGAUAGGUCAAGCUACUUUAGCCGAGAAAGGCGGAAAUUAUGAAGAAGCCAUCGAUUUGUAUCAACAUACCUACACAUUUUCUUACAACAAAUACAAUGUUUUAAAAUGCGGCAAGGCUCUCCUCAAGCUAUUCUGCCUGUAUUCCUCUCACUCUCUCGAGUCCCAGGCGAAUGCCAAUCAUUAUUCAUUGACACCCCAAAAUGAAUGGGAGAUAACUACUGAAAGAGACUUGGAUUACACAGCUCACCAUUCUAUCCUCAAGGACGGUCUUCGGAUACAUAGAAUUCUCAACUACACCGCAAUUCAAUUAGACGCUCUAGCUUUGGUUUCUGUAAGAUACCCAUUCGAUUAUCGAUUUAAUUACCUACACUCACAACUUUAUUUCAAUCUAAACGGUAAUUCUCACGUAACAUUUCACAUCGAAGAGGAAAAUAGUUAUGAAACAAAUAGUAAAACUGAUAGCGACACGUCCAGCGAUUACACAACCAUGGCUUUUAAUACGCGGGACAUUGUUUUUCACAGUGGCAGAGCCCUAGAAUUAUUUUUGUCUCAAUUUCCCUUUAAAAAUCAUGAAACAAAUGUGAGCAAUAAUACCAAAGUCAAUGAUCGUCAUGCGAAUGAUGCAAGAAAUAUCCAUAAGAUAAAGUACCUUGUACAACUAUCUUACCUUAACCACAUGUUCAGUCGGAUAAUAUAUACAGACCACCUGAAGCUGAUAAGUAUCGAAAAUUUAUCGACCUUAGCCGCCUUGCUAGAACAUUACUGUUUCCUUGCCUUAACCGCCACCUCUAACCACAGUUUUAAUUUGCGAUUCGAAGGGCAAGAAAAUGGAUGCAAUCAUAAUCAAACUUUCCUGGGACUUUAUAUAAGAGGUGUAGCGACUCUCAUAAAAGAUUUUAAGACCAUUUUUAAAUCUUGGACCAAGGAAAAUAAGGAUAAAAAAUUUAUCGAAAGGCACAUCCAAGCUGACAAUAAUUUUCUCAGGGAUUUCUAUAGCCGGGGAAUCACGAAUGAUCGUUUAGUCAUCGAUUGCUUGUCCGCCCUAUGUGUUUCAACUUUAUACCAAUUACGACUUAAUAUGCGUGAUAACAAAAAGGCUUUAGUCGACGAUCUCAAUUUUGGAAAGGAAGAAAUAUUUGAUCGCGUUCUAUCAGAAAAUCAUAAAAUAUCCCAAUACGACAAAUUCAAAAUUAGAGUUUUAUCGGCCAUUCAAUUAUAUUUGAUUACUCCGUCUAAUUCACAAGCAAAACUUACGAAAAUACUGAAAGAAGAAGAGUUGAUACAAAAGACUAAUAAUUCCGAUCUAUCUCAGCCAGUCAAAACAAAGUCAUCAAAAAAAUCAAAUUAUCGUUCAAAGCAUAAUGUCAAAGGUAGAGAGAUGGACAAUACGGCCGAUCUCAAGCCGGUUUUAAUAAACUAUUACGCGGAAGAUUAUUACUUAAAUAUAUCCCUUUCAAUAUUACAGGUCUUAAAUCAUCAAUGCGAGAAAGUUAGGAAAAGGUCUGAAAAUUUGCUCAAAUUAGCUACCUACCUCAUGAGAGGAGAUUUGGAGACGAGGAAAUCUCAAUUGUUAUAUAUUCAAUUUGCGGCUGCCCUAUACAAUGGUUCACUAGAUCAAGAACUCUCCAAAUUUUCGGACCAUAAUAGAUGUCGCACGCUAAAUAUAAACAUACCUAUCGAAGCUGUGGAAGUAACAUGUCACUCACCUCACCUCAUCAACAAGUAUUCUGACAUUUUCGAAAAGAAUAGACCGAAACCAAAUUGGCUCACUAUUUUAGUCCACAUAAUGCUUGGACACGUGGCAAAAAGCUACAAAUUGGCCCAAUCUCUUUACCACGAAAACCCUAGCAGCAUAAAAAGUCAAAUUGUCUUAAGCUUAGCCACUUAUGGACAUUUUGUUUUGGUUGGAAAUUUUGAUAUAUGUGCCGCCAUUACCGAAUCUUGUGUUCAACGAGCUCAAAAUGAAUGUGAAAUCGAGUCCGAUCUUUAUCACAACCUACUAGAUUGGCUUUAUACAUGGUUCGCCUUCAUUCAAAUGUGCAAUCCUCAUCCUCUUACUCCUCCCUUAUACGAAGAACAACCUAAAAUUCCUUCCAACGCAUUAACUCAAUUGGAAAUGGUUUCCUUAGCUUUUAAAAAUCAAAAAGCGUUGGAUUUCAAUAAUCAAGAAGAUUUUCUAUGCUAUUUGUAUUCUGGUCCGAUUAAAUCGUUUAUGAAUGAAAAAAAAUUAUUUUCUAAUACCUACAUUGGAAAUGUGAUUUCUCGAUACAUUAUUGAUCCGCAUUUACUACUCACCUCCACUUCCGAUGAUAAGACCUUAAUUCAGGCCAUCUUCUUUCACCUAAACCUAUAUAUUGUGCUUUUAUCCACCAAAAAUAAUAUCCCCCACGAAAAAUACUUCUUGUUAUUAGACAAAAAUAAAUUGGGUAAUAACGUUAACGUUGCUUCCAACGUUUGGUCUCGAAAAAAUGUAAAAGUAGUCCCAUCACAGGAUAAUCCUACCAACUUUCACUUAACUCAGGAAACCUCGAAUUUACCUUUGUUAGGCGAUUUUGAAACAACGGGAUCGACUCUCUCUGAUUUCGAUAUAGUGCUUACUUUAUUUACACCCACACUGUGGCAAUUAACCCAUCGCAUUCUAAAUAACCCAAACUCCGACGAUGAUCAUUUUUUUACAAUUACCCAUCUUUUAAACCAAUUCGACUCAGUAUUCAAACGACUCAAACACCUUUAUUCUCUCCAUCAAACCACGAAUAAAGUGAACAGGGAUGAAGAGACAACGUUGCUCGGAAGUGACAUAAGCUUUGAUCCGAUACUCAAGAAAGCUAUCAAUAGUGAAGAAAACCUAAAAAUUGGAGAAACCGAGGAGCUAUAUUUGUCGCCGUCCUCAUUGAACUUUAUCUUGAUGUUGGCCGGUAUUUGUUCUCAUCUAAGAACCUACGCCAAUCAAUUAAGAGGAAAUGUAGCUGUUCAAGCCGAUGCAAUCAACAAAAAACAACACCUUUUGAAUAUGAUCGACGCAUUUAUUGAAAACGAAAAAGACGAUCUCUAUAAAAUUGACGUUAUCAAAAAAGUUUUCGAAACAAAGAUUAGCAAAUUAUAAAUAUGCCAAUUUUAUUUAUAUUUAUAUUAUCAUAAAACAUAUUUAAAUACAAUGCAUAACAAGACAAAUAAAUUAUUAUUUUUUAAGAUUACAUGAGAGUAGCUUUAUUUAAAAAUAUAUAAAUGUUAGAACAUAUCGCUACUUAAUUAUUAUUAUAGGGUUCUAUGUUCACUGUCAAAGUGAAAUAUUUCCGAUAACCCUAAAUGAAUAU